UGAAUGUCUGAGUCUGACAUCGCCACUUGGUUGGCGGUCGUAGUUCAUCUCUAUUGCGAUUCGUGGGUGGCUCCGUGUCCUGAAGCUACAACUGAGAGAGCCAGAGCCUUGAGCCUUCCACUCACCUCUACCUGUUCAGCUCAGUCGUGAAAUUUCAUAAUCCUUUCUCCUCGUUUUUGCUUGUGACCUCGUUGUUCUGUUCUGCCUGCGAAACUGAAGCAGUUGCUAUGACUGUAGACAAUAUAUUGUCCCACGCUUCUCUUGAAUGGAAGUUCUCUCAAGUCUUCGGCGAACGAGGUGCCGGAGAGGAUAUUCAGGAUGUUGAUAUCAUAUCUGCUAUUGGAUUCGAUAAGAGUGGUGAUAACCUUGCCAUUGGCGAUCGAGGUGGUCGUGUUAUUAUAUUUGAAAGAAACGAAAGGAAGGAUACUUCGAAAAAUAUCCUUACUCGGAAUAAGUUGGAGCAGUUGAAUCUUACUCCUGCAUCUCAUCCUGAAUACCAAUACAAGACUGAAUUUCAGAGUCAUGAGCCUGAGUUUGAUUACUUGAAGAGUUUGGAAAUUGAAGAGAAGAUUAAUAAAGUAAAGUGGUGCGUAUCACCCAACGGAUCUCGCUUCAUCCUUUCAACAAAUGACAAGACUAUUAAACUAUGGAAGGUUACGGAGCAUAAGGCGAAAACCAUUAAGGAGAUGAACCAUGAUCGAUAUGUGAGUUCAGAAAAUGCACUUUUGGCAGAGAUGAGUUUCUCUAGCGAACAAGGAAAAUUCUCUCUUUCCAGUGGCUGCCAUCGGGAUUUUUCAGAGAAUACGGCGAUGAACAAGGUAGCGUCUAAAGACAUUAAUGACAUGAUUCCUGAUCUAGACGAUACUUCUUGGAGAAGAUGCCGAAAGGUGUAUGGUCAUGCUCAUGAUUUUAAUAUUAACUCCAUUUCUAACAAUAGUGAUGGCGAGACGUUUAUUUCUGCUGAUGACUUGCGAAUAAACUUAUGGAACCUCGAGAUUAGUAAUCAAUGUUUCAAUAUCAUUGACAUGAAGCCUUCAAACAUGGAAGAUCUUACGGAGAUCAUAACGUCGGCCGAAUUCCAUCCUCUGCACUGUAAUCUUCUUGCGUACAGUAGCUCAAGGGGCUUUAUUCGUUUAGUGGAUAUGCGCCAGUCUGCAUUAUGUGAUCAUAGUGCAAUUCUAUUACGAGCCGAAGAAUUGAGUCGACCAAAAUCAUUUUUUACGGAGAUCAUUUCUUCCAUUUCGGAUAUAAAAUUUUCAAGUGAUGGGCGGUUCAUCAUUAGUCGGGAUUACAUGAAUUUAAAGCUUUGGGAUAUCCACAAGGGUUCUUCUCCAGUCGCAGUUUUCAAGGUUCAUGAGCACCUGCGACCUAGGUUGUGUGAGCUGUAUGAUAACGAUUCCAUAUUUGAUAGAUUUGAAUGUUGUCUAAGUGCAGACGGACUUCACUUUGCAACUGGAUCUUAUAGCAACCAAUUACGGAUGUUCUCUUAUGGCUCUGGAAGUGCGGAAGGGAUCACUACUGAAGCGGGAAAAACUCCCGAUCGGAAGCCAAAUCUCCAAACCACUAGGCGGGCUAGACGACGAUCAUCCUUAAGCAAUUUGACACGUGAUUUUUUUCGGCACGGCAAUGAACAUUCAAGCUCGGGAAGUAAUGAAGCUUCUGUUGACCUGAACUCCAAGUUACUACACUUGGCGUGGCAUCCAACAGAAAAUUUAAUCGCCUGUGCUACUGGAAGUGGCCUGUUCAUGUAUUAUGCAUAAUGCCCUGUAAUAUUUGUAGUUGAAAAGUAUCCUUAAUCAGAAGUCAUUCUUUCUUUUAAAAGUAUGAACGCAGGAAUAACAGCUUAGGAUGUAAUUUCCGGCUAGGAAGUGAAUUCAUGUGUAUAUGCAUAAUGACUAUAAGGAUUAUAUUGUAUUUGCCUCUUUUUGAAGGAAGUGGAGGCAAAGUUUGUUCCCUUGUUAUU